AUGUCCGUGACAAACACGACAUGGCACACAAUAACUGUCCGUAUCCCCUUUGAGUCGGAGAAACAUGCCACCAUCGCGAAGCAGGUGCUCGAAGUCGAUCGAGAACUGCAACCUCAGGCCGUGAAGAAGACGCUGGCAGUAGAAGGCAACGACCUCGUCGCGAGCAUCACGACGUUGACGGUCAGGCUCGCACGUCUCACAGUGAACGCAUUCCUGGAGAACGUCGACCUCGUCGUCCGGACUAUCGGAGAAUUCGGUGGAGACGCAGAGCGGAGACAGACGGCGUAG